AUGAGUAAAAACAUUUGUUUGCUCUUCUUCUUGUUUCAUGCAUACCUUUCUUCGUCCUAUACGGAUCGCAUAUGUGGACAAGAUUUGAGUAAUUUAUGGUUGGAUGUUGUAGCUGUUGUGGAUAACUCUGCUGGAAUGACCAAGGGAGGAUUGACAAGUGUCGCUGCAAAUAUUGCUUCCAUAUUCAGUAAAAAUACACAGAUUGGCACUAAUCCGACAAGUCCAAAGACUACAAGACUAGCACUAGUGACAUACAAUGUUGAUGCCACAACUGCGGCGGAUCUAAACAAGUUCCAAUCAAUUGAUGAUAUCUAUAGUGGAAUUAACUCUGCUUUGGCAACAAUAAGCUCUUCUGAAGAAUCAUAUCUUGCCAGAGGGCUUUCACAAGCCGAGAAGGUUUUUCAAGCGGGAAAGCAUGGAUUUAACCGUGCUCAUUAUCAGAAGGUUGUGAUUGUAUAUGCAUCUACAUACAAAGGAAGUGGAGACUUGAAUCCAGUUCCAGUUGCUCAACGCUUGAAAACCUCUGGAGUUACAAUUAUCACCGUGGCAUAUGAUCAAAAUAAAGACGGAGACAUUCUUGUUGAUCUCGAGAAAAUUGCAACUCCUUAUCACAAUCUCUCGAAUGAAAAUUUGAAUGUUAUCGGAGAAAUUCAAGGAUUUUUACUUCAAGCAAAUUGCUUCUGUCCAACUUCUUGGAUUCAAUACCGUGCUUUGCAUGAUGACGUGGAUUCUUACCGUUACGGAAUCUGCAUUCUUCCAGUUGGAUUGACUGCCGUCUGGCGUGCUGCUCAAUUAUCAUGCCGUAAUAGAUGGAGAAAUUCAUAUCUUCUCAAUGAAUAUGACAACAGGAAACACAAUUUUGUUAUAUCAUCUGUCAAAAACUUCUCUGGUUUCCAUUUUCCAUUAAGCUAUCACAUCGGACUGAACAAGGUCAAUGGAAUGUGGCAGUGGGAUCAGCCACAAGAUUGGACACAACCACAACUUCAGAACUAUGAAAUCUGGAAUUCAGGAUAUCCAAUAUCUGAUUCCUCGUUGACAACUGUUUUGAAUCGACAGACAACUGUUGAUUUGGAAAUUGGAUGGCAAAACGUUCAUCAAUUCGCAGCUGCCUCCAACUAUGUAUGUGAAACUGCUGCUUGUGACACUAAUAACUACUGUUCCUCUGGAGGUGAUUCCAUUUCAAACCAUUAGUUUUAUAUGUAAUUUAUU